AUGCCUACAUCCGAAGAUGCAUCCUCAAACUUCCAGGACCAGGGCAAUGUCCAGGCUUGCAGCGAGAUAAGAAGAACUCUUAAAAAAUGUGGUAGGGACGGGGGUCUCUGCCACCACCUCUGCAGCGCAGCAGCUGCUGAGGGGGUCCGAGAGACUACACAGGGUGGUGAGCCUGGUCAGCUGGAGCAGUCCUCCGCCCUAGCCGCACCCACCGCCACCCCAGCAGCAGCAGCCGCAGUGCAGCAGGAAGAAGGGAUGGCAGCUGAGGCCCGAAGAGCAGUGAUGUCCCCUAUGGACGAAGGGUUUCUGAGCCUGGACUCGCCCACCUAUGUCCUGUACAGGGACAGAGCAGAAUGGGCUGAUAUAGAUCCAGUACCACAGAAUGAUGGUCCAAAUCCAGAAGUCCAGAUCAUCUAUAGUGAAAAAUUUAGAGAUGUUUAUGAUUAUUUCUUAGCUGUUCUACAGGGUGAUGAAAGAAGUGAACGAGCUUUUAAGCUUACCUGGGAUGCUAUUGAGUUAAAUGUUGCCAAUUAUGCAGUGUGGCAUUUUCAGAGAGUUCUCUUAAAGUCACUUCAAAAGGAUCUACAUGAGGAAAUGAACUACAUCAUUGCAAUAUUUGAGGAACAGCCCUCAAACCAUCAAGUUUGGCACCAUAGGCGAGUAUUAGUAGAAUGGCUAAAAGAUCCAUCUCAGGAACUUGAAUUUAUUGCUGAUAUUCUUAACCAGGAUGCAAAGAAUUACCAUGCCUGGUAGCAUCCACGAUGGGUCAUUCAGGAAUUUAAACGUUGGGAUAAUGAGCUGCAGUAUGUAGACCAACUUCUAAAAGAGGAUGUGAGAAAUAACUCUGUCUGGAACCAAAGAUACUUUGUCAUUUCUAAAACCACUGGCUACAGUGGUCAUGGUGUAUUGGAAAGAGAAGUCCAAUACACUCUGGAAAUGAUCAAACUUGUACCACAUAAUGAAAGUGCAUGGAACUAUUUGAAAGGGAUUUUGCAGGAUUGUGGUCUUUCCAAAUAUCCUAACCUGUUAAAUCAAUUACUUGAUUUACAACCAAGUCACAGUUUCCCCUACCUAAUUGCCUUUCUUGUGGAUAUCUAUGAUGAUAUGCUAGAAAACCAAUGUGACAACAAAGAGGACAUUCUUAAUAAAGCAUUAGAGUUAUGUGAAAUCCUAGCUAAAGAAAAAGGACACUAUAAGAAAGGAAUAUAUGGGGCUGGGGAUGUGUAG